UAUCACCCACUUCUUAACGUUUCUUUGAAUUCUUCCAUCUUCUUUGACGUUCUUAUUUUAUCAACUAUACAGUCUUUUUUUUUUUUUGUUCUCUCAUUUUUAGUUAGUUCUUCUUUCACCACCACCUGAAACUAAGCUGACAUAUGGCCAUAUUUGUUGGCGGGUCUUUGUUAGAGAAAGAUAGGAAAAGAAAUAGUAGUAGAGGCAGGUGCAGCCUCGUAAGAGUUUCUUGUUCUUGUCGUCAGAAAAUUAAUUUCCAACGCAAGGAAAUUCAGGUUUUCAGGUUCUCCUCAAAACAAGACCAUGAAGCUUGAUUGAGAGGAAGUUACGUUGUGGUGAUACAAUGGGGAAGCAAGGAUCACCAAGAAGUCCACGUCCCAUGUCGAAGAAUACUAACUCGGUUUUCAGGACGAAAGAUUAUCAUAUUAGAAGUUCAGAUUCUUCGGGGGCCAGUGAUCCUUCUAUUGGGAGGAGAAUAUUAGGGGGAGAAAAUUACUGGAAUUCCAAAGCAGCAUUGCUACAUGGUUUGAAAGCUGAUUCCGGAAAGUUUACCCCUUGCAAGGGUGUUUAUGUUGGGAAAAGGCAUACAUGGUUUCGCAGGAAUGUGAAGUCAAUCGCUUUUACGGUCGUGUUGAUUGCUUUCCUGUUCUUGCUUGAUUCUCUGAUGGUGUCAAUUUUUGGUUCAAUAAACCUUCAGAGUAGUACAAACUCCACCAGCCGUGAGGAGGAUAGUGUUGCCUAUAUUCAUGAAGAAAGACCAACGGUGCAGAUGUACGGCAGGCUUCUAAAUUUGGCUUCUACUGCUCUUGCAGAGAAGGUGUUUAAGCAAGAUAGUGUGAAUUUUUGGGAGGAACCAUAUCCCCAAGCAUCCAAAUGGAAACCUUUUGCAGAUAGAAAAACUCCAACAAGCCCAGGGAAGCCAGAAAAAAGCAACGGCUAUAUAUUGGUCAGUGCAAAUGGUGGUCUGAAUCAACAACGAGUAGCUAUUUGCAAUGCAGUUGCCGUGGCAUCUUUACUUAAUGCAACUCUGGUUCUUCCUAUAUUUCUUUACAGCAAUGUAUGGAAGGAUCCCAGCCAGUUUGGUGACAUCUAUCAAGAGGACUAUUUCAUGCGCAUCUUGCAGGAUGACAUAGAUAUUGUAAAGGAACUUCCUCCCCAUUUGAAGUCCUUAGAUAUUGAAGUCAUUGGUAGCCUAAUUACUGAUGCAGAUAUUGAGAAGGAAGCAAAGCCCAAUGAUUACAUAAGAAGUGUACUUCCCCUCCUUGUGCAGAACAGAGUUGUUCACUUCCUUGGAUUUGGCAAUCGACUUGGCUUCGAUCCAUUGCCUCCUGACCUCCAGAGACUGAGGUGUAAAUGUAACUUCCAUGCAUUAAAGUUUGUGCCAAAAAUUCAAGAAGUCGGUUCACUGUUAAUCAGAAGGAUAAGGAAAUACUAUGCUGCGAAGCGUCAGCUGGAUAAACAACUCCUUGGAGAUUUCAUGCCCAGUAUUUCCUCCAAAACGCAUAAUGCUGCAAGAGGCCCAUCCAAAUAUCUUGCCUUACACUUGAGAUUUGAAGAGGAUAUGGUGGCAUACUCCCUAUGUGAUUUUGGAGGUGGAGAAUAUGAGCAAAAGGAGCUUCAAGCCUACAGAGAGGUCCAUUUUCCUCUGCUCAUCGAACGCUUAAAGAACUCGAAGCCUGUUUACCCAGUGGAGUUGAGGAAGUUUGGGAGAUGCCCAUUGACACCUGAAGAAGCAGCACUUGUUCUUGCUGCUCUUGGUUUUAAGCGUGAAACUUAUAUUUAUCUAGCAGGUUCUCAUAUAUAUGGGGGAAGUUCCAGGAUGCACCCCUUUACCAGUUUGUACCCUAAUUUGGUCACCAAGGAAACAUUGCUCACGACCAAUGAACUUGCUCCCUUCAGAAAUUUCUCUUCCCAGCUAGCGGCGUUAGACUUUAUUGCGUGCGCAACUUCAGAUGUUUUUGCCAUGACAGACUCUGGAAGCCAACUAUCAUCCCUGGUAUCUGGUUUCCGAACAUACUAUGGUGAUGGACAUGCUCCAACCUUGCGGCCUAACAAGAAGAGGUUAGCGGCAAUUUUGUCGGAGAAUAGCACAAUAGGAUGGAAUAUUUUUGAAGACAGAGUAAGAAAGAUGAUCGAGGAAGGUCAAAGGGUGCGGGUGAGGGGUUCUGGUCGAAGUAUUUAUCGACAGCCAAGGUGCCCAGAAUGCAUGUGCAGAUCUCAGUAGGUUGGCUGCGUUUGACUUUGCAUGAGUCAUGCCAUUUUGUGCUGAUAUACUCAAGUGUUUAUACUUAUUAUUCUUUUUUGUCUUCUUCAUCCUGAAUCUCCUCCUCCACUAAAGGUCAAAAGGGUGGGUUGUUCUUUCCCUUUUAUAUAUGUAUAUGAUUCAAUAAUAUUUCAUCGCUGUAAUUCUAUUAGAUUGCUAAUAAACUAUGAUGAUCAUUUCUCACAA